GGCUGGAGACACUUCUGAGAGAGGGCAAAGGGAAGGAGAGUGAGAAAUUGUGAACAGGGAAAGUUAGAAAAAUCAGAAGUCCUACUCGUGUGCUCACCCUGCCCUGACUGCUGCCUCCCCACUCCACUACCUGAGGCACACAUACACAAACACACAGGGAGGUGUUUCAGGGAGGCUUAGAGGGCUGUCUCUCCAGGGAAGAAGGGAAUUAAACACUUUUGUUUUCAAUCCGCUGCAUCCAUACUCAGGAGAAAAAAAAGGGAUUACAGCUUGUACGCCUGCCCCACUUGUUCCUCUCUUCUCCCAGCAUUUUGUCUUCACUGAGUCACUUUGGAGACUUUGGAUACAACCUUCUUGAAUUGUUGGUCUGAACUCAGAGAGGCAUGGCACACGGACAAAAGAGCCCCAGGUGGGCAUUAACCCAGGGCUCCUUCAGCUUGGCACUGGGCCUGUCGCUCUUCUCCCUCCUCCUCCUCCUCCUCACCGUCUCGGCCGCAGAUGAGUACGACUACUACAGCUGGCAGUCAGACAACUUCCACAAUGGCCGCUUUUACACCAAGCAGCCCCAGUGUGUGGACAUACCAGCUGACCUGCGCCUGUGCCACAAUGUGGGCUACAAGAAGAUGAGGCUGCCCAACCUCCUGGACCAUGAGACCAUGCCAGAAGUCAAGCAGCAGGCGGGCAGCUGGGUGCCCCUCCUGGCCAAACGGUGCCACGCUGACACGCAGGUCUUCCUGUGCUCGCUGUUUGCACCGGUGUGUCUGGACAGGCCCAUCUAUCCCUGCCGCUCGCUUUGCGAGGCUGUCAGGGACAGCUGUGCUCCGGUGAUGGAGACCUACGGCUUCCCCUGGCCAGAGAUGCUGACCUGCGACAAGUUCCCCAUUGAUAACGACCUUUGCAUCCCCAUGCAGUUCACCGGGAACCACGCAACCCUGCCACCAGUGUCGAAGGUUUGCCCGCCAUGUGACAAUGAGCUGAAAGCAGACAACAUCAUGGAGCAUUACUGCGCCAGUGACUUUGCCCUAAAGAUGAAAAUCAAGGAGGUGAAAAAGGAGAAGGGGGACCGCAAGCUGAUUGCAGCACAAAAGAAGAAGAAAGUUUUGAAGCAGGGUGUGCUGAGGAAGAAGGAUCUGAAGAAACUGACCCUGUACAUUAAGAAUGGCGCCAACUGCCCAUGCUCCCAGCUCGACAGUCUGGGCUCCAACUUCCUCAUCAUGGGCCGCAAAGUGGACCAGCAACUGCUGCUCAUGUCCAUUCACAAGUGGGACAAGAAGAGCAAAGAGCUCAAGUUCGCCAUCAAGUACAUGAAAUCCCAUCAGUGUCCCACCUACCACACCGUCUUCCAGUGACGUGGUUCGCUGCAGUGUUUGCAGAAUCCACAAUUGCUCCCCACAUUCCACCUUAUUCCAUAUAGAUUCUAAUUCUUAUUACAAUAAUGUGUCCUUGAACUCCAGAUCCCCUCAAAAUCAGUUACCAGUCCUUUAUAUAGUCGAACAUGAGGUUGAAGGGUGCUGAAGCUUUUGUUUUCUCAGUUUUAACAUGAAUAAGGUUGUCAAGGGCCCCCAGAAAGUAACAGUUUCAGAUGGUAUUUUUAUUUCCCAAACAUAAACAGACAUGUACUUCAUCUACUCCCUUCAACUCAAUGAAAAACUCUUCAACAAUCUUCUUCUGAUGUAGUAAAACCAAUCGCUUAAAUCUUAUCUGACAGCAACUUUAUCAAUUAGAUAGCAUUAAGACAUGGAAACCCAAACAACUGUUAGAAGGCAAACAUGCUCAGUGGUGUAAUGAUUAUAAAUAGAAAUAUUGAAAAUGGAGGGAAAGACAAGGUUUGUUUCUGUGUAAAAAGAACUGAGAGAAGUGAUAAAGUAUCUGUGGGCUAUGUGAUGUGCCAACGCACACACUGGCACAGAGCUCCCAGGAACAACAUCAAAGCAGAGCAAUGUAGAUGAUCCACUUAACUGUAUGUUUUAAUAAUGUAAAAGGUAGGUAAUUCAGACGAAUACUAGAUGAUUAGAAAACUGGGCUUUUUUCUUUUAUCCCCGCUGGGAAAGAAGACCGAUGGGAUGAGAAAGACUGACAGACUGGAUGAUGCUUCCACUGACUUUGUACAGUUCCGUUUCUGUGGCCUGAAAGAGGGAAACUUGAAUAUUUUUUGCGAAUUGGAGAGAGACGGAAGUAAAGGCAUUGAAGACAUCUUCCUGAAAACAAGUGGAGAAUCAAAGAGAAAGAAAGAGAGAGAAAGAGACUCUGGACAGAACCAACCAUGUUGGAUUGAAAUGUCUCUGGUACUCACUAUUUUUUCACUAUCACUCUUCAAAUGUUUCUGUUUUUUGUACUUAAAUUUUUAAAUUUGCUUCAGUUAAACUUCUAUGGUAUGAAAGCAAAAAUCAUACAUUACAGACAUAGUACCUGAAUACACUGUUGCCGUAGCAAUGAAAGAUGAAAAUUUAACUUUGACAAUAUUUUCUAACCUAUUAACCUGUAAGUAGUUCUGUUACUGAAAUAGAUCUUUGUUUUACAAAAAAAGUAAAUGAAUAAAAUAUAUUUGAAAUUUUUAUAAAGAA